AAUAACCAAAAAAAAGCCCUAAACUUGGAACUCUCUAGAAGAAGAUUGCAGCAGGAGAGAGGGAGAAAGAACCUGACACGAAUCGGAGAAGAAAUCGAUCCCCAAUUUCAUCACAAUUCCGUCGAAUCCUAAUUCAAAUUUCCAGAUUUCAAGCGCAUGGAACAAAAAUGAGCUUUGGAAUCAUACAUAGGGAUGUAUUUGGGGAGUGGGACAAGUCAGGGUGGAGUAUUUGGGUUUUAUGUGUAGUUGGAGGUUCUUCCUCACUCUCAGAAGAGCUAUCAUCUGCAAUGAUUUUUGAGUGGAUGAGAUCAAAUAUUAGUUCAAAUAAUUUUUGCUUUGGAGCAUCUUGGAGCAUAUGAGCAAUGGAGCUUGUGGAGUAUAGCUUAACUUGGGAUUGCUCUCUUGGUUUCAUAAUUUUUCUGUUUGAAUCUAUUAUUUUGGAGCAACAUGGAGUAUUUGAGCAAUGGAGCUUGUGGAGCACAGCUCAAUUGGAGGAUUGCUCUCUUGUGUUGCAGUGAAUUCUCCCUUCAUUGCUGAGAAUGAGUGGCCGUUUUUCUCGCUCAAUCUACGUUGGGAACCUUCCAGCAGAUAUAAAGGAAUGGGAAGUUGAAGAUCUAUUCUACAAGUAUGGUCGUAUAUUGGAUAUUGAGUUGAAGAUUCCACCUCGUCCUCCUUGCUAUUGUUUUGUGGAGUUUGAAAGUUCUCGAGAUGCAGAAGAUGCCAUCAGAGGUAGAGAUGGCUACAACUUUGAUGGCUGUAGGCUGAGGGUUGAGCUUGCUCAUGGAGGAAGAGGACCAUCAUCUUCAAGUGAUCGCCGAGGCAGCUAUGGCAGCAGUGGCGGUGGUGGUGGUGGUGGAGGAGGGCGUUAUGGCAUUUCUCGACAUUCUGAUUACCGAGUUAUUAUCCGAGGUCUUCCAUCUUCCGCUUCUUGGCAAGAUUUGAAGGAUCAUAUGCGGAAAGCUGGGGAUGUGUGCUUUGCUGAAAUUUCUUGUGACAGUGAAGGAACCUUUGGCUUGGUUGACUACACAAAUUAUGAAGACAUGAAGUAUGCUAUAAGAAAACUUGAUGAUUCCGAGUUCAGGAAUCCUUGGACAAGAACCUACAUCCGGGUAAGAGAGUACAAGGGCAGUCCUUCAAGAAGUCGUAGUAGGAGCAGGAGCAGAACUCCAAGGAAGAGUAGGAGCAGAUCACCGGCCCGUUCUGUUUCGAAAUCACCACCCCCAAAGUCUAGAUCUGCAUCUCCUGUUAAGUCGACCAGGUCCAGGUCCAGGUCCAGGUCCAGGUCCAGGUCCAGGUCCAGGUCCAGGUCCAGGUCAUUGUCCAAAUCAAUGUCAAGGUCGAGGUCUACGUCACCAUCAAGGUCCAGAUCGGCAUCGCCACGGCAGGCGCGAUCAAACAGUGGCUGAUGCGGAUGCUAGAUUCGUUUAGUGAUGUUCUCCUGUUUAAAGGAGAAUCUGAAACUCUAUAUGCUUAGUUUGAUAGGAGUCUGCUUUGGACUAGCGCUGUAUUUAAGGCCGGAACCUUUAUAGGUCUGUCCUAGUAAUGUGUUUUUUAAUCUGAGAGCUACAGUAUCCUGUUCUCUCAGCUGUCGGUAAUCAUUGGUCAAUCAAACAUGUAGACUUUUGCAAAGUGGUUUUUCUGCUUAAUUCAGUUCUGACUAUUAAACAUUA